UUGUGCACUGCAUAUGCAUAUUAUAAUUGCGAUUGCUAUCAAUAUGUUGUGUAAAAACAAGACGAGUAGUGGCAAUAUAAAAGCAUUGUCUGUCAUGUCUCUUCUUGCAUUCAUUUGUUGUGUCUCGAUUACGUUUGUUGCAAUUAUCAUUGUGUGUGUGUGUGUGUGCAUGCUAAUGGAUUCACAGCAAUCGCCAGAAACAGCCGCAGCAGCAGCAGCAUCAACCUUCAUUCUGGAGGAGGAUAUAAUGGACUAUGAAGCCAAUGUGGCUGACAGCACUUCACCGCCAACAAAACUUUUCUGCGGUGAUCAAGCUACACCAAAACUGGGUAAAGGUCACGGUCAAAUUAUACUAGACCAGAAGCGUUGGAUGCAAAAGCACGGUGUUGGAAGAGGACAACGAAUCCUCACACCAGCAGAGGAGGGGGAGUACUGGAUCGUCAAGAAAUGA